AUGAAUAAUUAAAGUGAAAGAAAUAUAAGUUCCAGAAGAUCCAGUAUUGGACCGGCUUUUAUAAGAAGCCCAUCAUAUUUAUAAUAUAGAAAGUAAAAUUCGGAUUGCUCCAUCUAUUCUGAAUCAAUAGACUAGGAGGUAUCAAACAAAUAGGUAAAGUAAGAAUAUGAGGAAAGAUAGUCAAGAGCUUUGUCUAAUUAUAGUUCAUUUGCAGUACUAUACUUUUUAAAUUACUAGAAACUCUUUUCAAAAAGCGGAGAGAAUAAAAAGUAAUUUAGCGAUUCAGAAAAAGUAUCAAACUUUUUGAAACAAAUUAAAAGCAAAGACAUUAUCAAUAGAUUUGUAACAAAUCUUUUUCGAAACUCAUACAUUCUACCCGAAAAGUUAAAAUCGGUAAUUUAAGAUUAGUACGUAUCUAAGCACACAUCUCUGUAAAGCAAAUCAUCUGAUAAUGGAGACGAUUCUAAAUUUAUCAAAAUAUUUCAACCAGGAAGUCAACUUUUAAUGUAUUGGGAUUUGAUUGGAAUUAUUAUCAACUUAAUUUCUUUGUGGCUAAGCCCAUUUUAAGCCGCUUUCACUUAUCAAUCUCCACUUUUUUUAAUCAUCACCAUAAUUUGGUAUUUAUUUUUGGAGAUUUUGGUAAAUUUAAAUCGAUCAACCAUUUCAUUUGGAGAUAUCAUAAAUACGAGAAGUUAAAUUGUUAAGCAUUAUUUAUAAGGAUAGGGCGCGUAAGAUAUAAUAAGUCUUAUAAUUUGGAUAGCUAUAUUCAAUAAAUCUUAAGAGAGUCUAAUAUUUGAAAUUCUGUAAAUGAUAUAAAUUAUAGUAACAACCAAGAAAGUCUUAACAAAUUUUGACAAAUUUCUUGAAUCCCUCUAUUCCAAAGGAUCUUUCUCGAACUUGAUAGAUUUAUUUUCUCUUGUCAUAACAAUCUUUUUUUUUUCUCAUAUAAUGGCAUGUAUAUGGUUCUACGUUGGAGAGAAGAGUGACUUGCUCUUAGAUAAGUCUUGGUUGAAGAAAUAUGAGUUAGAGAACGAAAGUAUAAUGAUCAAAUAUAACUAUUCAAUAUAUUGGGCUACAACCACUAUUGUAACAGUUGGGUAUGGGGAUAUAACACCCUAGAAUUGGAUAGAAAUAGUAUUCACCAUAAUCAUGAUGUUUUUAUCAAGUUGUGUGUAUGCAUAUUCACUCAACUCCAUUGGAAUUAUCUUGAAGAAUAUAUAAGAUACUAAGUAUUAAUAUAAAAAAAUGUUACUGAGAAUAAAUGAUUACAUGGAUAAGAAUAAUGUUGAAGUGGAGUUGUAAUUGAGAGCCAGGAACUUCAUAAAACAUCAUUUAUUUCAAAAUGAAAAUUUAGAGAGCCAAGAGGAAAUUAAUAAUAUAAUGGAGAAACUACCAGAGGAUUUGAGAAACCAAAUUACAAAGUCAAUUUAAUUAAAGAUCCUAAAUUAGAUAACUUUUCUCAAAGAUUUAUUUUCAACCUAAGCAGUGACUGAUAUCUCAAGGUUUCUGGAGACUUAAUACUUAGCAUCUAAUGAUAUAGUAUUCUAAUAAAAUGAAUAUACUGAUUCUAGUUUAUAUUUUGUUUAAUCAGGAUCGAUUGCUUUAUUUGAAGAAAAAUCAAACAAAACUUUAGCAACACUAAAUAAAGGUGAUAAAUUUGGAGAAUUCUCUUUUUUUACUGGACUCUAUCCUAAAUGUUCUGCAAAGUGCUUAAAUGAUGCAGUGCUCUAUAAAAUUUAGAGGGAUAAAUUCCUAUAAAUCAUUCAAUAUUAUUAAAAGGAUUUUCAAAGGUUUCAUAAUAUUAAAGAUUAAAUACUACUGAAUUCUGACUACUCCAAGUGCAUCUCAAGUUGUUAGAAUUGCAGACUAUUCACUCAUUAAAUCAUAGAUUGUCCCUUAUUUUAUUAUAAACCAAAUUUAGAAUAGAGACUCAAAGCAGCAGCUUUCUAGGAGAAUUAAAAUUUAAGGGUGUUUCAAAAAAGGUCAUUUCAUAAAUCCAAUUGUAGAAAACUCUACAAAAACAUAGAACUGUCAAUUAAAGCGUUUUAAGAGGAAAAUGAAUCUAAAGUUCAAAUCUCUGAUUAUUUAUCUGGUUACCUAUACAAAACCACUUAUGAAGAAAAAGAUAAAUAUACAUCCGAUGAACCAAAAUCAAGGAUUGUCAUAAGUGAGUAGGAUCAUGUUCAACCUACACAUUUCGUUUCCUCUAAUUAGGUUCAAUAGAAAAGACAUUAAACACAAUUUAGACCUUCUAUUGUUGCUUACAUGCCCAAAUAAAGAAUGUCAGUAUUAUAGCAAGAACUCAAAUCUCAAAAUUAAUUAUUAAAUAACUCUUUCAAUUCUUCAUCAUUCAACAAACUUUAAUCUGAUUUACUAUUAGUAUCAACUCAUCAAACUAGUAUGCAUAUUGAUCAGAUGAUGAAUUUUAAAGAUUAUAUGCCGUCUAAUAAUAUUUCAGCCAUAAUCAUCUAAAUUGAGAAAACUCCGAAAGGAUCAUCUAAACGAAGAAAAAGAGAGUUAGAGUAUUUAAAUAAAUACACUUUCUUUCAUUAUGUGAAGACCAUGAUAAUUAAAAUAAGAAGAUUUUAGCGUAAAACUGUUUAGUAAUGGUGA